AUGCCUUUCGAAAGUCCAUCCUCAGACCGUGACUUUAGUUGGGAGCACUUCGCCUACGGAAGACGAGUGUAUUUCUCCUGGCCGGACAACGAAAUGCAAACGUUGUCCCUGCCACCACCCGAAAUGCAAGACCAACUCUGUCUGUAUGGCUAUGUGCUUCUCGACACCGAGAGCCCCGAUUAUCCUGCGCUACGCAACAGCGUUAUAGGGUCGGAACUCGUUGCCAUCCGGGCCUGUGCAAGGUUCACCUGGACAGUGGCACGCCCACAAGACUUUGUUGUCUUUUUGGGUUUUUUUGAUCCUACUACGAAAACGGUCUUUACUUUCGCCACUGGCGAUGACAGGAUACCUCAUGAUCCCUUCCUGAGGGAUCUGGAAGAAGUCAUCAAGGCGCCCAAGGCUCCCACUUGGCUCGUUCAAAUUGUUGAAUGGCAAUGGCAAGACGGUCCAGAUCAAUACCGAAGGCAAGUGCUUCUCUUGCCAUUUGGGGAUACCAUAUUAUCGAUCAACCUCUCCGACUCUACCUUCAUGGACCCUGCAUCGCAAUCCAACUUCGAUAAGAUUCUGUCGACCAACGUCGACCUCGACUGGACGGUUGAUUUUGCGGAAAAGACAGUGUCUGGGUCUGCGACCCAUGAUCUGACUGUGCAGGAGGACGACGUAACUGAAGCCAUCUUCGACACAGGGUAUCUUCAAGUGACGGCGGCGAAGGUCGACGGGUCGGAAGCUGCGUUCGAUUUGAAGGCUCACCAUGAGGUUAUGGGCUCUGCACUUCAUGUCACGCUCCCGAAAGGCCUGAAGAAAGGCACGUCCGUCAAGAUCGCCAUUGCGUAUAGCACCACGAAGGACUGUACCGCGCUCCAGUGGCUGGAGAAAGAGCAAACCCAAGGCAAACGAUUCCCAUAUCUCUUCAGCCAGUGUCAACCAAUCCACGCCCGAGCACUUGCUCCACUUCAAGACAGCCCGUCAGCCAAAAUUACAUACACCGCCACCGUUCGUUCAACCCUGCCUGUUCUGCUGUCUGCUGUCUGCAUUUCUCCUCCCGUCUCAGGUCCUCCUCAUGCAGGGAAAGAAGUCGGCAAAGAUGUGGUGGAAUACAAGUACGAGCAGACGGUUCCGAUCCCCUCCUACUUGUUGGCAAUCGCAAGCGGAAACGUUGUCUAUCGGCCGUUCCCUACCAUCAAGGGGAAAUCGUGGCGGACUGGUAUCUGGGCAGAGCCAGAGUUGAUCGAUGCGGCUUACUGGGAGUUCAGUGAAGAUACAGCCAAGUUCCUCGCUGCAGAAGAGGGACUCGUUGUCCCGUACAAAUUCCACGUUUAUGAUCUGCUUGUGCUGCCUCCGGCAUUCCCUUACGGUGGAAUGGAAAAUGCUUGCCUCUCGUUUUUGACGCCGAGCCUGCUCACUGGGGACCGGACAUUGGUCGAUGUCGUCGUUCAUGAGCUCACGCACUCGUAUUUUGGCAACGGUGUAACCCAUGCUCAUGCUGAGCAUUUCUGGUUAAAUGAGGGCUGGACGGUCUAUAUCGAGAGGUUGAUGCAAAAGACGCUUCACGAUUCGGAGGCGGCUCGAGGAUUCUCUUUUAUCAUCGGUGCCAAAGGUCUUGUCGACGACCUGAAGCGCUAUGCAAACAAGCCAGAAUAUCAACGACUCGUUAUUGAGUAUGCAAAGGGCGAAGACCCAGACGAUGCGUAUUCUCAAGUCCCGUAUGAGAAAGGCGCGAACUUGAUCCUUCAUAUCGAGCGUACGAUUGGUGGUUUGGAUGUGUUCCUGCCAUAUGUCAAAGAUUAUGUGAACACCUACAUCGGCAAGAGCAUCACCACCCAGCAAUGGAAAGACCAUCUUUAUGGCUAUUACCAGAAAAACUCCCCAGACGUCGUCAAGCUUCUCGAUACCAUCGACUGGAAUGCCUGGUUCUACGGCGAAGGCAUUGAGCUCCCUGUCAAAAUGGAAUACGAUACAACACUCGCGCAAGCAGCUUAUGCGCUUGCUGACCGCUGGGAUGCUGCACGUGAUGCUACUGACUUGUCAUUAUUCAAACCCGACGAUUUGGAGGGCUUCAAUGCCAACCAAAUCAUUGUCUUCCUUGAGCGCCUACAAGCACUCCCCGCGCUUUCAUUAACACACCUUACCACACUCGGCAGCGUUUACAAGAUCGACUCUACGCCGAACAGCGAAGUACGACUGCGGUUCUACGAACUUGUGCUCAGUCCGCCUACCUCGGAGACUGCCAAGCGUUUCGUGGGAGACGCGGCCAAGUGGGUCAUUGGCGACGAUGGAACGGGUGUUAUCAAGGGCAGGAUGAAGUUCUGCAGGCCCGUCUUCCGUGAGAUGGUCAAGGUCGACCGUGAGCUGGCGUUGGAGACAUGGAAAGCGAACAAGACCGGGUUCCAUCCAAUUGCACAACGUUUGAUUGAGAAGGACUUGGGGCUGGCAUGA